ACUGUAUCUAUGUCUUUUUUAAAUAAAUGUAAUUUAUCAUUAUUUUACCAGGAAGACCCAUUGAGAUCAAAUAUCUUUUACAAGAGAGAUCUGGCCGAGGUAGUGUUUUACCAAAGGUUGUUUAGUUUAAUCAUAGCCAUUGGGUUGGCAGAGCUUUACACCCACAACUAAAGAAACUUUGAUAAUUCAUUUAUCAACUGCUGUUACAUAACACGUCUAAAGAUCAUUUUAAGUAGUAUAGAACUUUGGUUUUGUUAAUUUGACAUUAUGAGAAGGAGCACAUUAAAUCAAACUACAAAGAUGUAACGGAUGACAGUAUACAGUCCAAGAUAUAUUUUCAUUGUAGACCAUGAUUGGCUUGUCAGCGUUUUAAAGAGUUAAUGAAGUAGUGAGUAUUAAUGCCAGUGUGGUAUCUGGCCCUAUAAGUUUAAAGUCUGUAUAAAGCUCAAAUAUGCUGAGAAAUCAUGAGCACUGUGUUAGGGAUGUAAGUUCAAUGAUUUUCCUCUCAGCAGAGUGAUGUGUUGAAGAGGAUGUCCUAUUUGAUUCUGUGAUUAGGUGGCUGAGUGAGAUCAAUGAUUUUAUGAGUAGUGUUGGUACAGAGUACAUAUUGGCUUUGUCUCUCUGUGUUCUGCAGGACUCGUCAUUGAUGCUGGAAACUUGAUGUAAUAAAACCUUUAUGACCAAGUACAGUGUCAAGCGGAUUUCCUCUCCACACAUCAUCACAGCAUCGCUACCCAAAACACAACACCAGCAUCAUGCACCCCAAAACUACACGAAUGACAAAAAGGAGGAAGCAGUGAGUUACACCCUGAAGUGAAAACAAUCCAUCUAACCCCCAGCUUUGGAAACCAACCACCCUGCUGGUUUGAGAUCUCUCAAAAAAGAAGAUUGAUGACACCAUAAAUGGAGAGAUAUAAGAAAACCCCUGUGCUGUUUCUUCUUCUGGCUCUGCUUUGUGCCUGUGCUGCUGGAAACUCUCUGUCCUUACAUAAGAGUGUCUCAGAUCUCACCUGCUACACAGACUAUAAUUCUGCUAUCACUUGUGUGUGGAACAGCACGUAUGUGUCUGAUCAGCCAGACAAUGUGUGCACAAUACAAUCCAAAGGGAGAAGUAAUUAUCAUAGCAGUUCAUGUAACCUGGAGCCUGUUGACGUCUCCAGACCAAUGCCAAAGAAGUGCGUCCUGAGCUACCAAAGAAGAGAGAAUUUUCAAAAAAGUGACCAUCUGUCUAUUCAUCUGAGCUGUAGCCCCGCAAAGCAGAGUUUGAACAUUUCCUUCACGCCAGCUUGUCACAUAAAGCUGGAUCCUCCGCAACAACCAGAUAUCAACUCUACCACCGUUUCCUGGUUAUCCCGACUUACACCCAAACGGAAUACAAGAAUCAAAUUAUACAGCUCCCAAUUGCAGUGGAAACAAAAGGAUGAGUCAUGGAAUGAUCCCUCUGUGAAAAUAAUAGACACUCAAUGUGAAUAUAACUGCACAGCGGAGCUGGACCCUAAUCAGAUAAUACAAGCCGAGACGUACCAGGCACGCACUCGAGUGAAGGCCAACAUCGAGUCAAUAUGGAGUGAAUGGAGCCCCACUACAUCAUGGGUGUCUCUGAUAGGAAGAACAAAACCACCCCCCCCACCAUCAGAUCCUACUGGGGGUGUUUUUGGCAUUAUUGCCGCGGCAACAGGGUUUGCAGUGUUUCUGGUUGUCAUUCGCAUUAAGACAAACAAAACCACCUGGAUUUACAUAGCAAAGAGAAUCAAAGGUCCGCCCCUGCCGAACCCAGCAAACUCCUUCCUAAAUGAUGCAAAUUUCCAGAAUUGGUUGAGCCCUUACUUCACCAGUGAAUCCUUUCAGUCCUUCUUAAAACCGGUGGAUAUCGUCUCUGUCGAGGUAACCUCCACUGUGGAUGCUGUUGCACCCUGCGGGCCAGAGGCGGCACUGCUGGAGAAGAUGAGAAGUGAAAGCAGCCACAAGUCGACCAGUUCCAACUUCUCCAACCCCAGUUACUCCCAGCUGUGUCCUCCUCCUCCUCCUCCUCCUCCUCCUCCUCCUCCUCCUCCUCCUCCUCCUCCUCCUCCUCCUCCUCCUCCUCCUGUUUCCUCGCUCACUGCGGGAAUCUGGCGCCCCAUGGCUACCGGGACACCUUACGGACCCGUCGGUAGUCAAGGUGAAGGUAACAAUGCCGAACAGGAUAGGGAAGUGAGAGGGAAAGAAGUGGAGAUCCGCCAGUUGCUCUCCAAAGGCAACAACAACAGUGAGCCUAUGCCGGUAAUUUCAGACUAUGAGAAGGCUGAGAAGCUCCAGGUCGAGUGCUUCAGGCUCCAGAGACUGGAUUCAGGCGUGUGCAGUGGUGAAGAAGUCAGUCAAGAGAGCUUCGAGGCAGAUAGCAUCAAUGUGACUGAUAGCCAUGAGGAUGGGCCUGAAGGAGAGGAGCAGGUGGAGGGAGGGAAUGGCAAAGAAGUAGAUUUCCAGAAGUUUUUUGGAGGCAGUGUAGAUAUUUUAGGCAAAGGCUCCAUUCAGGUUUGUUCCGGUUACGAGCAAGUCCAGAAGCUGCCAGCUGACAGCCCUGAGCUCUGCAGCCUGGAUUUAGACAUUGGUAGCGGGGGCGAGGAGCAGAUGAGUCAGGAGGAAAGCUUGGAAGAUAUGGAUAAGUCCACUGAAUCUACAAGCCUCCUGCUUCCUCCAUCUCCUUCCAGCAUCUUAUCAUGCUCCUUGCCCUCUUUCACACCACUGCCUUUGAACUUCUCUGGGCCAGAUUUGAGUCCAGCUCUGCAACCUCUGCCAAGUCAUUUACUUGAGAGGAUUGCUCUAAUGUCAACUAACCGAUCAGUGGAGCCCUCUGGUGAUGGAUACAUGCCAGUUCGACAGGAACAGAGCUAAAAACUGACAGCAGACCUUACAGUAAAUGCUGUACAAUACUGUAUGUCGUUAGCCUGACAUCGCUAGACCAAAUCGCAAAUGUGUGUAGUCUGAAACCUCUCACUUCAUUUUCUAAUUUCCAAGGGGCGGUUUAAACUGAGGUAGACCAACAUGCCUCUGGACGUUAUUGGAUAGACUGACGUGAUGUAAGAGUGGUCAAAUGUGAACAGACUGCAGCAGAGUCAACUAGCAGAUGACAGCACUGUUUAAAAAUAACAUUGCUCAGAGAUCUUGAUCUCUAGAUACAAUACAUGUAUUCUCUCCAGCUUCUGGACGAUACUUGAAUGUAACAAAAUGCAAAUUAUUGGCAGUGAAAUAAUUUGUUACUUACUCAACUUCAAACAUUUCUGUCAAAUAUACAGUGACAUACUUAGGGAUAUCUAUCAAUGAGGAUAAAAAACCCAAUCUCAAAGGAAAUGUAACCAGUGGCUUCUUUGAAACAUCUUUGAAAGGGCAUUUCUAUGCUUACCUAUGCUGCUCUCGCAUUAGAUAUUGAUAAUAAAACAAGACAGACAUGCUACUUUUCAUACUCCUCGAUGUAGUUGCUAGUAGCCAAGGAGGACACAGAGGAUUACAAAAACAUGAUGGACUCUUCAGAAGAGGUAAUUGUCUUUACUCGAACAGGGAAAGUCACCGGCAACACAAUCUUCUGAACAUAGCCAUACUGACAAAUCCAGAGAGAGUUGUGUGGAGCUGAUAGUCUUAAUUAGCUUUGUAGCAACUCAUUGGGUAAUGGCUUGAAUGUAAUGGACGCUCAUUAAUAUAAAAAAGUUAUGCACUAAAGCUUUAAUAUAAACUUUUGUAAAAUAGUGUGCAUCUGCAACAUUGAAAAGUUUCCUAUUCACCUUUCUAACUUGAUCAAACAAACGCUGCUUGCAUGGUCUAUGAUAUAUAAGCACACCGUUAUAUAUGAAACAAUAGAGAUAUACUUUACAACAACACAUCCCUUUUUUCAAGGAAUAGGUCAAUAAUAACAUUGAUUAGUUAUUUGGUGAAUCAAUGGUUCAAUAGUAAUGGUGUUUUAUUUAUUUAUUUGUUAACAGGAAAUCCUUAAACAAUUAUCAGAUACUUGUAACUCCUAAACACUUUUCCAUAAUCUUCAAUGCUAUUUUAGGGAAAAAUGUGCUUUAACCCAUCUGUUUUGCAAGAAAUACUGUAUUAUAAUAUUAUUUUUGGUUAAUAAUUUGAUGUUACCCGGUUAGGUUUUUAUCAAAUUCCAAAAUUAUAUUGAUUUGAGCUGUGCCUUAUGUGAUUCCCAUACUGAAAUUAUUGUCCAUCUGUUCUGGGAAUAUGCAUAACUGUAAACUGUGGCAAAAUAUUUGUAAAUUUAUCUGGGAUAAUAUUAUCUGAAAUAUUGACCUUUUACUGGAGAAUGUGUUUCUGUUUUGUUUUCUCAGGUACAACACAAUAUAUGAAAAAUAAUAGUUUCUGAACAAUCUCAAUAUUUUUUUGAAAGGUUUUACAUCAUAAAUGUAAAUUUGCUAAAGUCCAAUUUCUCUUUUAUUGAGAAAGAAAUGCAGCUAUAUAUUACCACAAUAACUUAUAUACUUGUGAUGUAAAUUAUUUUUUAUUUAUUUUUUGUAGACAAUUGACAUGUCUUGUGACUGGCAUUUGAUUUCAUUGAUGUUUUUCCUGCCAUUUGCUUUUCUGUAUAUUUAUUACUCACAUAUCAGUUUAAAGUGAAGUAUUACUGUUUAUUUGUAUUAUUGUAAUGUUUACUGACCUACUUAAAAACAGACUACAGGGUGCAGAGAUGAGCUGUGAUGGCAUCAUUAUGUCUGUGAAUGAAUGUUGGCUGUUUUUGCCAUCAGAAUUUCAAAAUACUACUUCAACAGAUCAGCUGCAGACAUCUCAUUAUUUGCCAGGCUGACCUAGAAAUCAAUUAACCUCCAACUUGUACAGAAUACGGCAGCUAGAGUUCUUACAAAACCCUGAAAGUAAGAGCACAUAUCCUCUAUUGACGCCUCUUUGCACUGCUUACCCAGAGUUUUAGGAAUUAAUUUGGAAUUUGUACUAUUUGUUUUAAAUCACGGAGCGGCCUUGCCCUUUCUUACAUUAUCAACCUUCUCACCUCUCUGUUUGUACUCUUAGAACAGCUGCUGCUCUCGGUCCCCAGGGCAAGGCUUAAGACAGAGACAGGGGCCCUACCAGCCAUUACUGUACAAUUGUGAAUUCUUUUUUAUUUUUAUCUAUGCUGCAAUUAACUUAUUUUUCUGCUUUGUGUAUUUUGUAUCCGUGAAGCACUUUUGAAAGUGUUUUUGAAAAGUGCUUUGUAAAAAAUUCUUUUUAUAAUAAUAUCUUGGUUGGUUUUCGAAAACCAAGCAAGGUCGGCUGGAAAUCUGUCUGAACAGGAGCAGCACCAAACGUAUCAUGCUGAUAUUUUAAAUGCUCUCAAAGACAGGUUGAGAGUUGAACAUUGAAUGUAUUUAGUUUCUACACUGUUGUAUUACACACAUUUAGCCCAAUUAUAUAUAAUGUAUCAUAUAUUGCAUGCUAUAAAAAGGGCAUAUAAUGUAAGGGUUUUUGCAGUGUUUCUGGCGAUACAGUAUGAUUAAUGUCUCUAUGAUCAGCACUUAUAGAACAAUAGCUCAAGAGACAUUUUCCUACUUGUUUAAUGUACGUGAAGGUUAUGUUGAAUGUUUUUGGAUGUACAAAGGCAUUGUCUUAACUAAUCUGUAAGGAGAGUGAUGUGUAUGACCAACAGUAGUGCAUGUGUCCAUCUCUGGACUCUGAAUUUUCAAUAAAAUAAAUGAGAAAUGUGAGUAUUUGGGGGCAUAUUGUAAACUUAUAGUGAACUUGUUUUUCUUUAUUCAAUAUCUGAAGUGUUGACGUGAUUCCAAAAGCCCAAUUCAACACAGCGGUCUGUAUUUAACAUGUAAUGGAGAAAUAAACAAUUUACCUCCUUAGCACUUCAGACAGAAGAACUCAGUAUCUGAGGUACUAGUGAAUCUUUAGUGCAUGAGGUAAACUCACAGUCUCCUUCAAUAAACAAAUCUCUGCCUCA